AUGAUCGCAUCCGCUCUCUUCGCCCUCGCUGCCCUCCUUCCCGCCUCUUUGGCCACUCCCAUCAAGCCCGCCUUCUCCAACUUGAGCAAGCGUGACCUCAAGGCUUAUGCUGAGGAGGUCACCGUUCACUCGAGCUGCAACGUCACUCAGACCAGGCAGUUGAGGAAAGCCCUCGCCGAUACCUUCGAGCUCACCGCCUUUGCUCAGGAAUACGUCUACCGAAACGGACCUUCGGAUCCCGUCUACCAAUUGUACUUCGGUGAUGGCGACUCGGUCGUUGUUCUCGGCGCUUACGAGAACCUGAUGAGGUCGAACAAAGAGGGAGUCUUACUCAGGUGUGACGACAUUGACGGCAACUGUGUCCAGGAUGGAUGGAGGGGUCACUGGCGAGGCGAGAACGCCACCGAAGAGACCGUCAUCUGCGACCUCUCUUACAUCGACAGGAAGUACAACGAACAGUUCUGCGCCUUCGGUUACAACGUCGUCAACUCCUCUCCCUCUUACUACUUCUCCACCGACCUCAUGCACCGUCUCUUCCACCUGCCCAGCAUCGGGUUGGGCAAGAUCGGACACUUUGCCGACGACCAUGCCGACUGUGUCAACCUCGCCAAAACUAACGGUACCGCCGCUGUUUACAACACCCAUUCUUUGCAAUACUUUGCCAACCACGUUUACGCCGUCGAGGUUGCCGAGGGUGGGGAGGGAUGUAUCGGAGAGUACGACUCGAGCGGUAUCGUCGCGCCUACUACCACUUCGGCCGCUGCUGCUUCGGGAACUUCUUCCGCCGCCGCCUCUUGUCACACCCACUCUGACGGAGAGGUUCACUGUGUCUAAGCUAGUCUUCCACUAGACGGCUCACCACGACCAAACCAAAAUACAAAACUUCUUUACUUUUCACGAGGGAACCCGGGGAUUCACACGACCAUAUUAUAGAUUUUUUGCGAUAUAACGGAAGGGGAAAGAAGCGCAACCUAAGCAUGCAAACUCGUCGGACUCGUGGUCUUCGAUUGGGAGACACGGAUUCGGAGGACGAGUUUUGGGUCAGUCAGGAGAAACGGUUAUAUACGCUACGCGCCUGUUGUCACUAGA